GUAUCCGACAUAGUUGUUGUCAAGAGAAGCCUGAGAAGCCGCGAAUAAACAGAUUUUCCUUAAAUAAAUAAUGCAGCUUGAAAUCAUGUAGACUGAGUCUAGCACACACAAGAAUGACGGCGGUUGACUCUGAUCUGGACUCUUUUAUUAGACAGCAAAAAACAAAGCUUGCAAAUGAACGACAAACAUUAAAAAAUAGUCCAGAUAACUUUGGGGUCAAGGUUAGGCGCAAGUGGGGUCCUCCCAUUGAAGCCACUAAGGAGAUAGAGAGAGAGAACUACAAGAAGCUCUGGUACCAAGUGAAGGGCAGAUACUUAGAGCCAACAGCUGCUCGCAAGCAAUGGGGGUCCCCGGUCAAGCUGUCCCCUAGAGGUUUGCUGGACACCAACGCCCUGAUCUUGGAUGUCCAGAAGGAGAAGGAGAGGGCGGAGUAUGAGGAGAUGUGGCGACUUCAGCAUGGGAUGGAGCCAUCACCACGUGGUGUAAACAAUCCCAGCAAGCCCACCGCACCACCUGCCCCGCAGUUUGAUAGCACACGCACACAGGAGGGAACAGAGCGGGACAAGUAUAGAGAAUUGUGGCAACAACAGCAUCGUGAGGCCCAAGAGACCAACAUGAAACGUGGAGCUGGGGUUUUAGACACCGCCCAGAUCAUCCGGGAGGUGGAGCGUGAAAAACGUGAGGAAGAGGAGCGCCUCAGACAACACAAUCCACUGCUGGGGGGUGGGGGAAAGCCCCCUGUGGGGAAGGUGCGAGGAAAUGUUGACAGGGAUGAGUACCACAGACUGUGGGAGCAGCAGAACUCUAAGCAUGCAGGCAAGCCUCCUCCAUAUCCUGGCAAAAAGUCCCCUGAGAAAGUGAACAACAAAGAUGUUAGCAGAGGAGAUACAAAGCAAUUAGCCAAGAGGAUGGAGGAGCCAGCAGCCGACCAGCAGUUUGAUGAUAGUUUAAAGAACAUUCAGGAUAAAAUAGCUGAGGCCAAAGAUGAAGCAGACAGAUAUCGUAAGCGCUGGGAAGAGCAAAAGAAGGAAGGAGUUUCUAAUAACCGGCCACACACAGUAGCAGUAGAGGAAGAUGUGCUGCCAGUGGGUGGGUACGAAGAUUACAGGAAAAAACUAAACCUUGAGCGCCAGAAAGAAUAUAAUGAAAUGCUCAGACAGGGAAAAUUAGGUAGACGAUCCAAUAAAAGUGCACCAGCCAGUGAAAUAGUGGAGGACGAAGCACUGCCAAUAGGAACAUACGACGACAAUAAAAGGAAAUUAAAUGAAGAAAGGCGCAGAGAAUACAGAGAAAUGCUAAUGAAGAAAACAGCAGGCAACAAACAGGCCAGGCUGAGUACAGAGGAGGAGCCUCUUCCUCUGGGAGGAUAUGAGGAGAACAGGAGGAGGUUGAAUGAGGAGAGGAGGAAGGAGUACAAUGAGCUGCAGCAGAGGAAGCGAGGAGACAAAUUUGAUCUAGGUUUAGCUCCGGAGGUUGAUGAGUCUGAGGAGUUUGGACUCUUCCACAACCUUGGAGCUGAAGACAAAAAACUGAAAGAAGCCAAGAGGGAGCCACCUGUCCACCUAAACCUGCAGGGACAAAACAUCUACAACAAAGCCAUACGAAAAGGUUAUCAAGCCCGCCCCCUACAAGAGCAAACAGAUGAAUAUAAAGCCUCCACCUUCAACAGCAAUGAGAGUGAUGCUGCCAAAUUGCAGAAGAUGAAAGAGAGAAAUGAUGAGUACAACCAGUUUCUGGCAACCAAAGCAGAGAGAGACCAGAACAGAUUUGCUGAUAAAAAAUCUGCAUUGGUAAAAGAUGAUGGAGUUUAUGCUACCAUUCCUGGGCUGCGUUAUUCUAAUUCUGCUCAGAGGAAGGAAAAGGAAGCUGAGAGAAACAAGGAGUACAAUGAUAUGAUGCGGCAGAAGGCACAGUCUCGUAACCCACCUAAGCAGGGCUGGGGUACACCAACCUAUGAGGAGAUGCUGGACAAGAAGAGAGCUCAGGAGUCACAGUACAGACGAGCCAAUGAUAUUGGACUUGAUUCAGACCCUCACGUAAGGGAGACAGAGAUCAGGAUUAAAGAGCUGGAGAGAGAUCUUUCUGCUGCCAAAGAUGUAUUUGACCUUGACACUGCGGAGCUGGUCCAGGAGUACAAAGAUGUGCUCUCACGGCUAGUGGAGUUCAAUGUUAGUUUGCAGGAUGAAGUGAACAGCUCUAGUCAAACACAUGCAAGAACCAUCAUGAAGAACUAUCAGGACCCUAACAAGAACCUGCUGUUACAGAACCCCCAAGAUGCCACCUACUACAACUCUCUGCCCUUAGGCACAGGGCAGAAUGAGAAGCAGAGACGGAGUAAAGAGGAAUAUGACAGGGCAUUGAGGAAACAAAUGGAAGAGUCAGCAUACGCCAGGAAAUUGGAGAGAGAGCAAGGUCUUCUGAUCAACGACAAUGGCAUCGUCAACUCUGACCCAGCCCUGGUUUUGUAUGACACCCGCCCACGCAGGAAGGACCCGGCUCUGGAGGCAUAUAACAACAAAAUUCUGGCUGACCUCAAUAAGCUGGAUGAAAUCAGCCCUAGAUCCAAUGCUAUCCUGGGUCGCAGACCAUUAAACGGUGACAGGAGCUACCUGGGGGGUGGUAUUAAUCCCCCACCUCUGCAGCUCGGGCGGACCCCUGGAAGUAUUCUUGACUUGGGCUUUGAUCCCGGCCUUGACCCACCCACUCGCAUCUCCUCCCUGAACCCCCCAGCUGGACUACAGUACCAACCCUCGACCUACAUCACAGCUAAUGCUGUUCCUCUCAUGAACAGCUCAGUGGAUGAGGCUUACAACUUCUACGCCACUAGGAACCCACUGGACCCUGGGCUCAACGCUGCUCCUGUUGGUGGCGGAGGUGGGGGAGGAGGAGGUGUACCCUCACUCAACCUGUCUGGUUUAGGUGGUGAUGGACCAGGGUCAAGGGUUCGCUUUAAGGAACCAAGGGCCAAGGGCAGGACGUCACCGCCUGCCACAGGCAUGGAGUUUCCCUCAGACAGUGAGAAGAAGAAGGAGCAGCGCCAGAGCCAGCUGGCCUACAGGGAGGAACUGGAGCGGCAGAUGCAGGAGAAAAACUGGAAGAAGAUAAAGGAGAAGGAGGAGCAAGAGAAGUAUGACUUGAAGAUGGAAGAGGAGGCAAGAAACUAUGACCCCUUUGGUAAAGGUGGAGGCGGGGCCCCCAUGAGAGACCAGCACGGCAACAUCAUUUCUGAUCUGCGCCAGAUGAGGUUUGACAACACCAACAGAAAUGACAAGUUCUCUCCCCGGACCUAUGGGGGUGGGGGUGGUGCAGCAAGUCCCUAUGGUGGAAGCUAUGGGGGUGGGGGAGGCGGCCCUCAGGCAGGCAACACGACCAGGGCAGCCAACAGCUACAGGGACGACCUCAUCGGGCCCCCACCUGUCCAGACCACGGCAGAAGGAGAGGCUUCGUUUGCCCGGGGUGGUCAUGGUAUUUUUGGGAUGCCUAAGACUGAUGCAGAAAAGAUGCAAGCUGACAAGUACAAGGUGGACUUGAAAAAACAGAUUGAGGAGAAAAAAGCUGAGGAGUACAGGAGGAGACAGCUGGAGAGGCUGGAGGAGGAGAAGGAGCAGAGGUUGCUGGAUGAGCAGAGAGCCAAGAUGCAGAGAGAGUACGAGGAGGAGCAGCGCAAGUUGAAGGAGAAGGAAGAUGAGGCUCGAAGAAAAAAUGAGGAGUUGGUGCGUGCAGCGGAGGAGAAGAAAAGAGAGGCAGAGAGGAGGAGACGUGAGCUGGAGGACCAGAGACUGCAGGAGCAGAGGGAGGAGAGGGAGAGAGAGAGGCAGAUGGCAGCAGACAGGAGAGGCCAGUCUCCUCCCAUUCCUGCCCUGAGGGGCAAACAGGAAGAAGGGGGAGGGGCCAGCGCAGGGGGAGGGGCCAGCGCAGUGGCCCCAUCACCCCCUAUACCUGCCACACGGACUAGAACAGUUGAACCAGUUGCUGCCCCUAGUAAACAAGAGUUUACGCCCAGGGCUCAAAGUGCUGAUGUAUUGAACCAGCUGGCCCAGAUGAGAGCACAACUCCAGAAUGAACGUAUCCGUGUACAGACCAUGUUGGAUGAUCAAAAUGAUGAAGUGGACAUUUAUGACCCCAGGCAAGUCCAGCGGCCGCAGCCAGUGCCAACCCAAGGUCGGCCAGAAGUGGAUGUGUUUGAGACGGCCUUGAACCGUAAUGCAGUGGCGGUCAGGAGAACACCCGCAGGUCGCACAGGUCGCACGUCUGCAGACAGAGCCAACCCACAGGCUGCUGAAGAGUUCAACUCCCUCAAACACAAAGAGGACUCUGACUCCCGCAAACAGUUUCGCCAGCUCUUCCCUACAGAACCAACCACCAGCGACGCCCUUGAGUCCCAGCAGAUGGCGCUGCUACGCCAGCAGGAGGAACGUCUGAGGACCAUCAAGGAGAGAAGGGCCCUGGAGGACACCUCAGCGCUGCACCUCAACCGUGAUGUCCGUAGCUCCAGCUCCCAGCUUCACUCCAACAGUGCAUUUGUAGAUGUGACGGGUGUGGGCAACUUCCCUGAUGACUUUGAGGACCUGCCUCGUAGAAAUGAUUCGGCUCGCUACAGAAGGAGGACACGGGUCCCAUCCAGCCCAAAGAUGACCACACCAGAUGUCACCAGUCGAGCCACCUUUGGCUCCCAGUCUAGUCUAAAUGUUGACAAAUUGGCCAGGAAAAACGAAGACAGGCUCAGGCGUCUCAGGGACCUGCAAGGGGAUGACCUAUCUUUGUAUGAUCCUGAAGAUGUCCUUGACAGAUUCAUGACAAAACAAGGUCACCACAGGAUGUUUGCUGACGAAAUAGAAACCAGGUCAGAUUCUUCCAGCCCAGCAUUUGGCACCCCCCUCACGUAACACGCUGCUGGACGACACUUGGAUGAGGUCAGCCAGCAAACAGUCCAAGUACUAGCCGGACAAGAUGGCCGCCAAGUACUAGCCGGACAAGAUGGCCGCCAAGUACUAGCCGGACAAGAUGGCCGCCAAGUACUAGCUGGACAAGAUGGCCGCCAAGUACUAGCCGGACAAGAUGGCCGCCAAGUACUAGCCGGACAAGAUGGCCGCCAAGUACUAGCCGGACAAGAUGGCCGCCAAGUACUAGCCGGACAAGAUGGCCGCCAAGUACUAGCCGGACAAGAUGGCCGCCAAGUACUAGCCGGACAAUAUGUUUAACUUAACGCCGUGUGUCCGAAUGGUUUACAGGGUGUCUGACGUCAUCCAUUCUCCAAGUGUCAAAACCUUCUCCGUCCAAAAGUCCUUUGUCCAAAAGUUGUGGUCAAUUGUUGGCCAAAAGUUGUGGUCAAUUGUUGUCCAAAAGUUGUGGUCAAUUGUUGUCCAAAAGUUGUGGUCAAUUGUUGGCCAAAAGUUGUGGUCAAUUGUUGUCCAAAAGUUGUGGUCAAUUGUUGUCCAAAAGUUGUGGUCAAUUGUUGGCCAAAAGUUGUGGUCAAUUGUUGUCCAAAAGUUGUGGUCAAUUGUUGUCCAAAAGUUGUGGUCAAUUGUUGGCCAAAAGUUGUGGUCAAUUGUUGUCCAAAAGUUGUGGUCAAUUGUUGUCCAAAAGUUGUGGUCAAUUGUUGGCCAAAAGUUGUGGUCAAUUGUUGUCCAAAAGUUGUGGUCAAUUGUUGGCCAAAAGUUGUGGUCAAUUGGUGUCCGAAAAUUGUGGUCAAUUGUUGGCCAAAAGUUGUGGUCAAUUGUUGUCUGAAAGUUGUGAUCAAUGGUUAUCCAAAAGUUGUGGUCAAUUGUUGCAUUGAUGUAGUCAAUAGUUCUCUUGUCCAAGAAAGGACCAGAUUUUUUCCUUGGGAUUUUGUUUUCGUUUUACCAAGGAAUGUCAAGGUCGUAGCGUGGGUGUCAGAUCUCGAACAUUCGGCGGACAGAGACUGGUCUGUUGGGGACUCACCAAAAAGGGAUUGGGGACUCACCAAAAAGGGAUUGGGGACUCACCAGAAAGGGAUUGGGGACUCACCAGAAAGGGACUGAUGUUUUUAUCCACCAGAACCUGGGAAUGAAUGAUUGUAUAUAUCUGGCAUAUUGCAUGUAUGCUACACAAUGUUAUCGUACAUGUGUUGUAUGCUUCUGGGCGUUGUUAUAUGUGUAUGCUACAGAAAAUUAUUAUAUGUGUAUGCUACAGUGUACAUUCUCAUCUAUUUAUUUGUACGAUUCAUUAUGGCUCUGUAUUCUCCUACAAAUGUUUUGUAAAUAAAACAACUGAAACCUGUAAUGUUAAUAUUUAAAAUAAUUAUUUAAUUGCACAAUUUCUUGUAAUCAAACCCAGGCAAAUGAAAUAUUUGAGAAUAAAUUUACG